UCAAUGUAAUUGGUUUAGUUAAGCAUAUUUAGCAGAGGUGAUUAUUUUUAAAAAAGUUAAGUGUUAAAAAGUGAAAGUAUGAACUUUGCUGGGGCGAUAGUGCUGUUAUAUUUGUGUUGUGUCUUUCAGGUCCCAUUACUGCAAGCCAAUUAUGUGCAGUUUGGUGAAAGAAAGGCAUUACCAGGUCAACCGGAAUAUUACUUGAUGGCAGAUGCUGGUACUUCAGAUGUGGGAGCAUAUGAUGAUCUAAAACGCACCCAUCGUUCGUUUUGGAGAAAUUUAUUUACGAACAGUGGUUUAAAAAAUUUAUUUGGUCGAGAUGGAUGUAAUAAUUGUUACAAUGAAAAUUAUGAUAAUAAUAAUGUUGGUUAUAAUGCUAUGCCUAGGCAGAAUUCUUAUGAUAUGAAUACACCUUUUUCGCCAUUACAACCACUUCGACAAAUUCAAUCGUUUCAACCUUUGAAGGCACUAGAACCCCUAUUUAGUGGAGCAUAUCCAGACCUUGGGUUAGAUGGUGAUGAGGGUAAUUAUGAAAAUAAUGAAGAAUUAUAUGGUAACGGAUAUGCUGGCCCACAAAAUAUGAACAAUAAUAAUUAUGGCGGUCCUGAUUCAAAUGUAUACAAUGCCGAAAUGCCUUAUGGUUCUAAUAAUAAUAGAAAACAAAAUUAUAAUUCUGGAACUUCUGAAGGUUACGGCCCAGUAAGACCAAAUAAAUAUAGUUAUAAUAGACCUUCCAAUAAUUACGCUGGAGAAAAUGCUGGGAAUUAUAAUGGAAAUUUAAAUAAUUAUAGUGAGCAAGGUAAAAACUACGGCAAAGGAAAUAAUGGAGCUUACAAUAAUAACAACAGUGGUGGUACUCUAAACCAAAAAGAUUGCAAUAGUAAUGGUUACAGUGGCGGUGAUAAUAUGGCCAUGAAUAGUGGGUAUGAUAAAUAUAAUACUAAAGAUAAAAACAAUUAUGACGUUAAUAACUAUAACAAGAAAAACUUAGGUUAUGGCGCUGCGCCAUAUAAUGAUAAUAAAAAUAUGAAUGGUAAUUAUGGUGAUAAAUGUGACGAUGAAAUGAAAAAAGGAGAUUAUAGUGUUGCUGGUGGUAAAACCGGUAAUGAAUAUAGUCAAGACAGUAACAAAGCAAGCAAAAGUUAUAAUAGUACAAAAAAGCAUGGGUUAGCAGAUGGUUACAAUAAUCAAACAAAUGAUAAUGAUGGUGAAGAUGAGGAUUAUAAUGAAACUAACAAAUCAAGUAAAAGCAAAAUGAACUCAAAACAUGGUAAAGGUAAAAAGUAUGAUUCCGAAAAUAAUGAAAAGAAAGAUAACGAUGAUGAUGAUGACUACGAAGAAAACGAUGAGGUAAACAAAACUAACAAGAGCUCAAAGUCUAGUAAGAGCAAAGCAUACGACUCUAAAGGCAAUCAUCAUAAUAAAAAAAAUGGUGAUGACAAUGGUGAUAAUAACGGUGAUGAUGAUGAUGAUGAUGAUGAUGAUGGAGGUAAUGCUGGUGAUGAUGAAAAUGGUAAAACAGUUAAGGGUAGUAAAAGCACAAAGUCUGGUAAGAAUAAAAUGUACCAUAAUAACAAAAAUGAAAAUGAUGGCGAUGAAAAUGGCGAUGAUGAUGACGAUGCUGAUGACGCUGAAAAUAGUAAAACAGGUAAAAGUCACAGUAGUUCAAAGUCCCCUAAAAGUAAAGUCCACAACUCUAAAGAUGAUAGCCCUAAUGAAAAAGAAGAUAAUGAUGAUGGAGAUGACGCUGAUGAUGAUAAUGAUAAUGAAAAUGAAAAAUCAGGUAAAAAUUAUAAUGAUAAAAAGUCUGUUAAAAAAAAAGAAGAUAAUGAAGAAGAUGAUGAUGAUGAUGAUGAGAAUAAGGGCGAUCAAGAUAAUGAAAAAGAUGAUGGAAAUGAUGAUGAAAAUGAUGAAAAUAAGUUAUAUAAGUCAAUGCAUGAAUCGCUUAACGAGGAUUUCAAUAAAAUGAAAAUGUAUAGUGCAGGUGCUGCAAAUGAGGAACGACCACAGCUUUUGUUUCAGCCAAUUAUAUAUGUUUCUCCGCAAUAUCAGCCAUCAAAAUCGGAAGAUCAAUCUUAUAAUAAACAAACAUACGGUUCCAAUUCCCCAGCUCAAAGCAAUAUGGCUUAUGGGAGCGCUGUUAAGUAUUCUGGUGCUGCAGAAAAAGCAGUAAAAGUUCAAUAUAAUAGUGAGAAUUCCAAAAUGUCUAUGGCACCCACAAUGGAUAACUCGGCAGCUUCAAAAGUAAAUUAUGAAAGUACCUCAUAUAAUAAUGCACCGUCACCUCCAUCCAAUAAUCAACAAUCAACACCUUAUUUAGCAUUAAAGCCUGUUCUUUUACCAGUUUUUAGUCCAUGUCAAUAUUGUAAUAAUGCACCAAUACAACCUAUUAUCAGUCAAAAUGGUUCUCCCUCUUCUAUGACAGCAUAUUCUGCAACAGCUACACGACCAGAUUCAUCAAAUUAUAUAAAUGCAGCUGUAACUAAAGAUAACAGCAAUGUCGCAGCAGAACAAAAAUGUGCUUCAUCAUCUGCAACUUCACAAGAUAGUUAUUCCAAUAGUAAUGAUAAAUUUUCAAUAAAAUAUCAAUCACAAAAUCCUAAUCAUAACGCUUAUAGCGGUAUGAACGAUGAACGCAAACAGCCAAAUCAAUAUCAUUCUUCAAAUAAUAUUGAUUCAUCUGCACACAUGAACUCUUACGGAAAUAUGCAAAAAUCAGUACCAGCAGGGGUGUCAGAAUGUGGAGGUCAUAAUCCAGGUCUAACAAUCUUUACAGUAAUUACUCCUUCAUAUGGAAUUCCUGGUUCAACAGCAAAGCGAAAAAUACAAUACGAUAAACAGUCUUCUCCACCACUCCAAUAUGCUCCAAUUAAAAUGACGAUGGCAGAUCAACCAUAUCGAGAGUGUCCUGAACUUUUCUCGGAAUACAAUAAAAACAUGGAAUAUUCUGCAAAAUCACCUAAGCCUGCUCUUAUCAAUGCUCACUACAUUCGGUAUUGAAGAAAUCAUUUUUACGACUUAUGUUUUUUUAUAUAUAAAAAAUUUGUAAUCUGAAUAAAAUUAAAAAUAAUUUU